GCCUGUCUGAGCGUAAUAAAGGGAUUGAGCUCAGACUCGCAACACUUCUUUUGGUGGAUCUGUGAAUGUGCCGUAGGAAAGCAAAGCUUCCUCCCUCUCUCUUACAUGAGGCUUCCAGGGGGGUCUAAUGCAGAUCGGGAGCCAGACAUGAAGCACAGCCAGCCUGAGGAGUGGAGCUAUAGACCAAUGACACGGCAGCGAGACACUGGCCAACAGAGCGGAGCGCUUUAGCCUACCUGCUUUCACCUGGUCAUAUCCUUAUUUCUCUGGUGUGAGCGCCGCUCAAGGGGACCACUGACUGACCUACCUACUCUGGGGACCAGCACGGCUCACUUCUCUGUCCACGGGGCGGGGAGAGGAGGUGCAGCCUGAUACAACCGAGGACACCACGACAGUGCCAGAAGGAUACAGUCUGGACACAUACAGAUAUUUACACAGAAAUCAUUGCGAACAACCUGACGCGUCAAAAAGGAGCUCUGCACCAGCCGAGUCCAUUGGAGCCGGCACUGAGGAACUGAGUCGUCGGCUGCUGCCAGCUCUAGCACCAGAAUCCUCUACAGCCGUCUGGGGUGAGGAGCCGAGGUGCCUGGCUGGGGCUGGGUGGAUGCUAACUGGAGGAGUAGGGGGCCACGGCAGAAGGAGGAAAAUGGCAUCCACAGGCAUGCAGAUCUUUGCCUUUGUCCUGGCGCUGCUGGGCAUCAUGGGGGCCAUGAUGGCUACGCUGCUGCCCAAUUGGAAGGUGAGCGCCGAUGUAGGCUCCAACAUCAUCACGGCCAUCUCCCAGAUGCAGGGGCUGUGGAUGGACUGCACCUGGUACAGCACCGGCAUGUUCAGCUGCACCUUGAAGUACUCGGUGCUGUCGCUGCCCGCCUACCUGCAGACUGCCCGCACCACCAUGGUGCUGUCCUGUGUGAUGGCUGCCAUGGGCUUGUGCCUGGCAUCCCUGGGGCUCAAAUGUACUCGCUGGGGGGGCGGCCGGCGCGCCGCCAAGAGGCAGGCGGCCAUCGCCAGCGGGGGCUGCUUCAUCGCUGCCGGCUUCCUGUGCCUGGUGCCUGCUUCCUGGUUCACCAAAGAGGUCAUCACUAACUUCCUGGACCACAGCGUGCACGAGAGCAAUAAGUUUGAGCCCGGGGGCGCCGUGUACGUGGCCUUCCUGUCGGCAGGCUUCCUCUUUGUGGGGGGGUCCAUCUUCUGCGUGUCGUGCUCGGGGAAGAGGCCCGGCCACCAGGACAUGAUCUUGCUGCCGCCCCCUGAUAAACUCUUACUGCAGCAGCAACAGCACCUCCUACAGCAACAGCAGCAGGACCAGCUCCAGCACCAGUACUGCUCCCUCUCCCCACUAGACAAUAAAACAGGCUACAGUCUGCAGGACUAUGUGUAGGCUAAAGCAACACUGCACACCAUGCGCUACUGUUAGGCAGUUUGGGAAAACCGCUGCGUCUUACAUGUAGUUCACCAACCAACCAAGCUCUUAAAGAGGAGGAGAGAGAGGAGGGGGAAGGACUUUGAGGGUGGGUUUUUUCUUUCCCCCUAUUGUAGCUCUCUCUCUCUCCCCUCUUUCUUUGCUUUCUGUUCUAUGAGCACAAGCAGUGGAGGUAUUCCCUGAGCAGCUCCUUGGAACAGACAGACGGAUGGUGAAUGUGAAAUGCAGCGCAGCCGGAGGACGAAGGAAGGCGCUGCAGAAUGGGAGGGGAGCCACAGCUGAACAAAUGCAGAUACCCCAGCGAUCAUCAGUAAAUCACACGAGUUCCCCGGGGAAAUGGGUUAGCUGAUAGCAAGCCUCCUGUUCCUUUCCUUUUCCUCGCCAAAGGUUUGAAUUGAUAAGCAUUCAUUUAGUUUGCUAAGUCGUCAAUAUUGAUAUUAUUGUCUCAAAGAGGCAAUAACAGUACGUGGAAUUCCCUUUUCAUUAGCCAGCCAUUGUAGUUUUCAACCAUCAACAAAAUAUGGUAGUUGUUGGAACUGAUUUAAUAAAUUGUCUUAUUUUUGGUAGCGAAUAGACAUUGAUAUUUUGCCUAAGCAUGCUGUCUGGAGCCUGUCUGUGUAUAAUGCAGAGGAAUGCCUGCCUGGUAGAGAAUGAGACGUAUGUAGUGUAACCAAACACAAUGCCUGUGCCUAAAAAGACGUAGUACAUUAUCCUUCCCGGGGAAAUUGUUCAAAAGAGGACUGUCUGGAUGAGUAAAGUAGGGUGCUGGGCUAUGGAACAGAACUGCAGACACAUAGAGAGGGAGAAACAGAGCGAGAGAGAGAGAGAGAGAGAGAGAGAGAGAGAGAGAGAGAGAGAGAGAGAGAGAGAGAGAGAGAGCCUCCCCCUCCAGCAGAGUGGAAAGUCUGACAUGUUUGUUGCUUUCCCAUUUAGCUCCCAAAACAAGCUGCCUUCUUGGGCUUGGCUACACGCUACUGAUUUCAUGCAUUAGGCAUACAAAAUGAACACACACCCCCACAUACAUGCAGUUCACACCCACAUAGAGUACAAACACCCACACACAGAUACAAAACCCCACACAUACACACAGAUACAGAAACCCAAACACAUGCUCAGAAACACACACUACCUUUUUGACACACUGGGCUGCAUGUGCUUUUCAUCCUGCUGUCUGCCUCCUCACUGCCAUGGAAACGGAAUCCUGUGCCCUAAUGUCUUCAUUGUCUGGGGUGUGUUUGUGUCAACCAGUGCUUUGAGGUUGGGUAGGGGGGCAUCUCUCUCUCUCUCUGCAUGGCCCCAUAAACCUUGUGCAGAACCUCAACACACACAGAGCUGCUCCUCUAAUCCCCUUUAUUAGCCCAGUGACAUGAGGCACCAAGCCACUGUUACACCCAGGUCUGUCUGGGAACUGCUCUCUUUUUGUUGUCCUUCCUUAGUGUCUUUCAUGUGCAAUAAGAGUUGAUGGGGAAAAUGGCUGUGUUUUGACAAAUCUGGCUGAUUAUUGGAAUUGUAUGAUGGCAUAGAGAGAGGCUUUGAACGGUCAUGGUUGACUGCAGUGGUGUGGCAGAUUUUCCUCCAAAUCCAGAAAUGGUUUGAGUCAUUCCUCCACAUGUGACUUGUUUACCAAGUCCGUCAGCAGUGCAUAUGCUACCAUGUAAUACCUGCAGGAGACCCUGCAGCUGAAGUUCAAGGACGUUCUGUGCCAUUCUGUUCUUUCCUUCCUGUCAAUCUCUCUUUACCACUUCUCUCUACCUAUAUCCCCCUUUUACCGAAGUCACGUGAACUUUCUCUUUGACUGACAGGGAACACUUUUGCAUGUUGAGAGCAUGCUGGCCAACACACACACUGACACACCAGCACUGCUGCCUACUCAUAUGUCAAGGGUGCUAUUGCACAUUAACACAGUCACAUUCUCAUGUGUGUCUAACACGGCUGAGAGGAGAGGGAGGUAGGUUAUCUCCGGCCUGAAAUGGCUGCCCUGGUGACAGGCCCCGGCAGUGGCCCUCUCAUUCUCUCACACAUUGUUUCCUAUGGGGAGAGCAGAUGGCUAAGCCCAGCUCGCCACCUUCAGGCGGCUGCCUGCACAACGGGGGCAUCGCCACAGGCAUCACUUUAGGGCCUGGAAGCCCGGAAGGGGCAGGUUUCACACCCCAAGCAACAUGCCAGGGAUAGAGCAGAGGGGACCGGACGGGCAUCCGUACAAUAACACACUUCCCCAACCACUGCCAGGCCUUACGAAUGCAAUAAAUGAAGACAAGAAUGUGAAUGUGCCCUCGUUAACAAACUGAAAACAUACAACACAUACAGUGCCUAUCAAAAGUUGACACACCUACUUAUUCUGGGGUUUUUCUUUAUUUUUACAAUUUUCUACAUUGUAGAAUAUGAGUUAAGACAUCAAAACUAUGAAA